AUGGUUGCGCCGGCAGUGCCAGAGAUCAUUGAAGAUGAUGAGAUCGGCCUCGCUGUCGACGCACGCACAGAGAGUCUACCGGGACUUCGCGAAUUGGGACCUCCGGAUCUUGUUCACCUGGUCAAGCAGAGCGUCAAAGCUGGCAACAAACAAACUGGAGUUUACCACCAUGUGACCGGUGUUGAUGCCUCAUCCUCCGCGAGCUUGGCUGCAUAUGUCAACACCCUGACUUUCAAUCCUGUUGACAAAACACACAAGGUGGUGUCGGGUCUGUACUGCUGUUACAAUGCUUUUUCGCAUCUAGACAUGAGGGUGGAAGUCAAAAUCCCAGGCAGUGUGGAGAGUUAUUGUGUAGAUGAAAGGGGUGACAGAAGAGUUGCAACCGAGAAUUUAUGGCUGGAGACAUUUCUCUGCGCAGUGCUGCGUGCAUAUUCAUACUCGGACAAUGGCAGCGGUGACACGAUAAAAAAGAUUAUUGGUGUCCGAAGGUUCAAUCCGAUUAUCAACACCGAGCUGGAGCACCGUUUCUUCGAGGCCGCCGAGCGAUUAUUCUUCAGCGGCCGUCAACUGGGGUCAGACCCCGAAAUUCAAAUCCCUAACGUGGUCUCCAACCAUCUCACUGCGGGACUGUUGAAAUACAUUCGAACGACAGGACGGUUCGCAUCAGGUAUCAACUUGUUCGAGAAGCUACGAACAAAGGACGUGGAGGUCUCGUCUUUGCUGGCGCGGGUGUUACUGGAUGGAGAUGAAGAGAUCCAAGCCGUGCGGCUCCUGCAUGAUUCCUUACAGGAUGUGCCGAUGGACUAUGCGCUUCUUGACUGUCAAGCUGCGUUCUGCCAGAGCAAAGGUGAGGGCGAAAUGGCUCUGGAACUGGCCAAGCAGGGAGUCACUGCGGCGCCCAGUGAAUUCAGCACCUGGGCUCGACUGGCCGAGGUCUAUGUUGACCUAGAACAGUGGGAUCUGGCCUUGCUUACCCUGAACUCGUGUCCUAUGUUUUCAUACCAGGACAAGGACUCGCCCAGAAUGCCUGAACCAAGUCGUGUGCUUCUCCCGAUCCUACCUGAGAGUGCCCUAGACGAAAUUGACGAGGGACAGCCCAGACAUGGAGAGCCGUACGAUCAAGUCCAUGUUUCAUUGCGAAAACUACAGGCGGCCACGUAUCAAGGGACAUUUUUGAAGGCGUACAGCUUGCUGACACGGAUCGCGGCCGCCAUCGGAUGGGACACACUCCUUAGGACGCGAAGUCAGGUUUUUGUGAUGGAAGAGGAGUACCGAACGGAGAAGCAGCACCAGGUGACUCCAAAGAUACCCACUAGCAAGAAUGCUAGCACAAUCGCCCUAUCCGGCACUCCGAAUGGCCACUCGAAAGCGGAUGAAAAUGGCGCAGACGAAGACGACGAGUCAGAAGAUGGCUCUGCUGUGGAAGAGCCGAAGAAAGCUGAUGAUGAGAAGAUUCUUGAUGGAUCCUCCUCCACUGCACCUACACUAAAUGGUGGUGUUGAUGAGAAUGAGAAUGCAGAGAUCAAAGCGCACCGAUCAAUGGAGAAACCAGUGCCCACGAUUGCAGCUGAGGAAGUCAAGUCGGGUAGCGACGAGCCAGAUACAUCCCAUGGACACUAUCCCCAAUUCCAGAACAAACGCCUGUGCGAGCGGUGGCUCGACAAUCUCUUCAUGGUGCUGUAUGAAGACCUCCGGAUAUACACAAUCUGGCGGACAGAAAUGGGCCAGUAUCGGCAACAACAAAUGCAGUACAAGAAAUCCGCCGCGGAGUGGGAGAUCCUGGGAGAUCUUGCUGAGCGGCUCCAUCACACAAACGAAGCUUUGGAAGCAUAUCAGCAAUGUCUGAACAUCAGGUUCUCGCCCAAAGCCAUGAAGGGUAUACUGCGCAUGUACGAGAAGAAAGGGGACACGAGAAAUGUCCUGGCAUGCUUGAUUCGACUAAUCACCUGGCAAUACCGGUGGUACUCGGAGUUUUCGCCCGAACUCUUCUACUCGAUACGGAAGCUCAUUGAAGAAGAAGGGGCCGUCAAGAUCCGCUCCAUCGUACAAAGCACCAAUCUUCCACAGCAUGUGCUGGAUUUGACUCACGAAUACUGUCGCCUGUGUGUUACUUUUAGAAGCAGCGGCACCGAUGGAUGA